AUGUCAUCCUCUUCUGACCCUACCAAGCUCGCCACCUCAACCAUCCCACAAUUUGAUGGAACCAACUAUAAAAAGUGGUCCGAUGCGAUCCAAGCCUUCCUGCGUUACCAGGGCGUCUGGUAUUUAAUCCAGGGAUACGGCUCCACCGUGACCGUUCCAGUCCCUGGCCUUGCUAGACCAAUCCCUGCGACAGAUGAGAAGAACGACAAGGUGCUGGGAAUCAUCCAGCUCUACGUUGCGCAGAACCUCUGUCAUCUCGUCGAUGACAAAUUCUCUGCUCUGGAUGCAUGGACCGCAGCCAAAGCUGGCUAUGAGAAACCCGGAGUGGUAGGCACAUUUGUCGCCUUCCAAAAGCUGUUCAAUGCACAGCUCUCUGACAGCUCCGCACUUGGCCCACAACUCGACGUGCUCACAGAGCAGUCCAACUAG